GUUUUUCUUGGCUUGGAGGAUGCAAAGUAGUCCAAAAGCUCUAAAAUCAGCUUUGGUGUCCCUGAAAACCCACCUGUCUGCUGCCUUGCCAAUCCUGCUCGCUCUCAUGGCCAGGGGACCCGGCUCUUGUUGGACGGUUGGACCCAAAGGGCAGCUGGGAUGUUGGGAACGCCUCCCAAAGGGCACUGGGUGGGAGCAAAGCCAUGGCCCAGACCUAGCCACCGCAGGGAAUUCCCAAGGCUGGUGGUAAAAGCCACAGCCACGAGCUGCCAGGCGGGAGCAGCUUUCAGGGUGCCAGGCUGGGUGUGAGGCAGCAUUUUCCAUCUGAGGUGGGGUUUUUCCAAGCAGGAGAUGAGUGCAAGGCACAUCCCAGUACCGGCCAUGGUGCAAAACUGGAGCCUUCCCUGGAGCAUAAAGGAGAGGGCCUGGCACUUGCUGCCAUUUCUGCUCUGGGGCUGUGAGCUGGAGGUGAGCGUUGGCAGAGCAGGUUUAACGCCAACCAGGAGGAGAAGGAGAGGGAUAGGGCCAAAUUCAUCCCUUUGGAGUGGGACGGCUGCUUGUGUUAUCCACAGCAUCCUUCUGGGCUGCUCUGGUGUUAUGGCAGAGGAGCUCCUAUUCCUGGACCCCAGCAAGGAGCUGAUAAGACUUUGUAUGUGGGAUGGCAAGAACAAAGCCCCAGAACAACCGUGUGGGUGUUGAUGAGCCCAGGGACGUGUCCCUGCCCGGUCCCUGCAGCCGGGGCUGCUGCAGACAAACAAGCAGGGAUGGGUUGGCUCAACCCGGCUGUGGCUUCCACCUCCUGCACCGGCCUCCUCCAUGGAGUUCCCCACACCGAGGGGCUGGUUUCCUCCAUGGAGAGAACCUUGAGCAUCCAGCUCCGGCCUCGCCACCCUCUGCCUCCCCCGGCAUGGGAGGAUGGAGGUGCCGGAGCCUUUGCAUUUGCAUGGGAGGUUUCCUGGUUGUGUGAGCCGAGGUUUGGUGGUGUCGGUGCUGGCUGGGAAGCCACCGGCUGCUCUUUGCUUCCUGCCGCAGCCAGUUGGCGGCGGCUCCACGGUGGGUUUUACCCAGGAGCCGGUUUUCUUGGGGUCUGCUGGAAGGGAAGAGCACCCGCGUGCCGGCUCUGGGCAGCUUUGGCUGCAGGGAUGGCAAUGGGCUGGUGCUUGGUUCUUAUCGCAGCGGAUCUUCCCCGGGCGAGCGAUUCCCUGGCAGCCUCCUGCCCUUGCCUGGGCUUGACGGGACGGGGAACAGCAGAUCCUGACGCUUGUAAACAAAGCUGCGAGUGAGGGCGCGUGAAAGGGCCGAGGAGCUGCCGGCGGCUCUGCCGUGCCAAGGCUCCCGCCCUGCUGCGGAUGGGGCUGCUCUGUGCUCCCACCCCCUGGCCUUAUCCUGUGCCCCCUUCGAUUUGGGUACGCAGAGGUGCUUUGUGUGCAGCCGCUUUCCCUGCUGUGAAGCCCUGAGUGCUUCUUGCACCUUCCCACAACCAAGGAUCAGGUUUUCCUGACCAGAGUUUCCAACUUCAUGGGUCUUGCCAAAGAAAACGUUCCCUGGAGUAAAGUUUGCAGAGAAGGAUCUGGUUAAAUGAUGCGGCGGCUGAGCGCAAGCAGGGUGCGAGCGAGGUUUCUGUUCACAGCAGUGAAAAGGGGUCUGAUGAUGCCUUUGGGAUCUGUGGGAGGGCUCCUCAGUUCCCAGGAGCCGGCAUUUGCGUGAGCAACGUAUACAAAACAGUUUGGAAACAAACAGAUGGCUUGUUGAGACUUGGAUGGCGCGGGGAGCGCUUGGAAGCGGGAGGCACAAAUACCUUGAUGUUGCUUUUGGAGAGCAGGAGGCUGACGUGGCCGAGGUGUGGCGAGGGGCGGGCGCCCGGCACCUACUCCGGCUCCGCGGUGCUGCUGCUCGAGAGCCUGCUGCGGCACCAAACAGUUCCUGCUGCCCGGACCUGUUUAAUAGGGACCAUGAGUGACAGCAGCCUGGGCACCAGUGAGGAGAGCGUGAAGGUGCUGAGGCUGACUCUGCCCAAUGACCUCCCGGGUGACAGGCGCGAACAGAUCACCAAGCAGAAGCCGGUGGGAAAAGCCUUUGCCAUGGUGGCCAACAGAUCCAGCAACGGUCACUCCCUGGCCUCCGAGUGUAUCAAAUCCAAUGAUGGUGAUGAGGAGAUCAUCAAGGUUUAUCUCAAGGCACGGGCUGAGGGCAGCGUGAACCACGAGGAGCACGUCAACCAGCUCAAGACUGAAGUUCGUUACAUCCAAGAGGCUAGAAGUUCUUUGAAGAAGCUGCGGGAAGACUUAAGUAGUAAACUUGAGAACAGACAAGGAGAUAAACAGCACACACAGGUGGUGCUGGAAGAGCAGAAUGGGAGCUGGCUGUACCCCGAGAGGCUGCAGGCUGACUCCUGGGAGCAGGAAGAGGAUGACUACUCAGGUGAAGAUGUGGAGAAGAUCCGGCAGACGGCAAAGAGGCUCUUCACCAAACUGCAGGAGGCUGAGAAGCAGCACCAAUUGGAAAGGAAAGCCUUCGAGAGGACGGUCUCACAGUACCAGGAGGAAGCGGAGCAGACGAGCUCUGCCCUGCGGAGAGCAGAGAGGAGUGUGGUGGAGAAGGAGGUGCAGGUGGAUGAGCUGCAGAGACUGCUGGCAGGGAUGGAGAAGGAGCACAGGACCUUGCUGCUGAAGAUGAAAGAAGGCGAAGCCGAGCUGGCGCGGCUGCGGAGCGUGGAGGGGGACAAGCUCGCCCAACAAGACCGGUCAGCGCAGCUGGAGAAGGAGGUGGCCAUGCUGCGGGAGAAGAUCCACCACCUGGAUGACAUGCUGAAGAGCCAGCAGCGCAAAGUGCGGCAGAUGAUCGAGCAGCUCCAGAACUCCAAAACCGUGAUUCAGGCCAAAGACGCCGUCAUCCAGGAGCUCAAGGAGCGAGUUGCUUACUUGGAGGCUGAGAACCUGGAGAUGCACGACCGCAUCGAGCACUUGAUCGAGAAGCAGGUGAGCCGGGGCGGGCACAGCUCCCGGCCGCGCUCCAAGUCCGAGUACGUGAGCAGCAAACGGGUGACAGGCCCCAAGCCGCUGCCUCUCAUUCGAGUAGUGGAAACAUGAGCGUCGAGAGCCGGUGCGAGCUGACGACUCUCCCCUUGUAUCGUUGACUGGAUUCCCUGCUUGACUGCCAUCCUCUGUGCUCCCGGAGUGGCCCCGGAGAACUGUGGCAGCCGAGGACAGGCGCAGCUGGGGCGGCCCCGGCAGAGGAAGGAGGUUUGUGGAGCAUCCACACUGCUGUCCCCGAGGGCACCUGGGUGCCAGUUUGGAGCUGGGACCAGCCAGCCCUGGCGUGGAGAAGGCGGCUCUCGGCCGGGGAUCCAGGCUGCUUUCCCUGGGCAGCCCUGGGGGUGCCGGGGUUGCUCUGUGAGAGCAGCCUUUGCUUCUGGAGGGCUGUGCCAGAGCAGAGCCUCCCCUCCGCUUCACCAGCGUGGACUUGGGGUUUAACCUGGUUUGGUUUAGAGCAAAAUGAAAUCCACUCUUACAAAAGACGAACGAAAUCCUCCUGAACCCGGACUCCUUCCUACAGCAACGCCCAACGUGUGCCAAGCAGGGAGCCUCCACCUCCCAUCCCAGUCUGCUCCGGACUUGGCAAAGGCUCACGUGCCAAAACCUCAGUGUAUCACCAUGCUUCUGCCACGAGCGUAGAGGAAAUGUACCCGGCGUGCGGUAGUGUUUGAACCCUGAGGCUCUUGGGUUUUUACCUGUAUUUAUUUCAAUAAAUUAUUGGUGUCUUCCAA